AUGAGCAGUGCUGACGAAAUCCGUGCUAAAAGACUUGCCAAAUUGGCCGCUAGAUCAACUUCUUCCGAGCAAACAAACAGUUCCAGCUCUGAAGAAAAGUUACCACUUCAGCAGCAGACCCAGGGCCCUCUGCUGCUGUUGCCUAAACAGGACGUGGAGCGCCACCGAAAUCAAACCAUAUUGGAUCAGGAAAAAAGACAGAAAACAACUGCUGACAACACCAUUAAAAAGCAAGAAAAUGUUUCUCUGAGAAGUGCUACUCCCACAGCCCAUGCAUCACCACAACCAACUACAAAUGCAGGACCUCGCCAAAAUCAACCAAUCACUCUGUCCAAUUGGGUUGGCGAUAACAUCGACAAAAUAUUCCAAUUAAAGUCCAAUCUGAGUGACAUUUCCAAAACUGCACACACAAUCACUGACAACGAGAUUGGCAAACUUGACGAAAACUAUUUUGAUGAAAUAUUCAUGGAGAUUUUGAAUUUACCGAGCAAAUACCCGGAGCCAAUAAGUUAUCUAUAUAGUAUCUACGACAGGACGUAUAGUUUGAAACGAGAGUUGCCGCUCAAAGCCAAAUUUUUUGAGGAGAAGAAUUCAUUUUUUUCCUUAAUCUUGAAGCAUGCCGUCAGAUAUUCAAAUAUGGCGUUGCAGUUCCCGGAUAUGUUUGCAACUUCCAAUCUUCAAAAGUCUAUUGGGUAUAUAAUUGACGAUUUUGCUCGCAUUUCACCAUUUGUAACACAGUUGAUUGAAGAGGCAACCGAAGAUGACUCGUUAUUGUCCUUAUUGAACUAUAUUAUACCGAGCUUGAGUGUGCGAUUAACUCAAAGAGAUGCUAUUGGCACCUCUAAACAUCUUGGCUACUUAAUCAUGUUUGAAUCUUUGGUUCUGCUCAAACCGGUUGCAGCGAUUUUUUCUCAAGUCAAUGGAUUUUUCCCAAAUCUGAGGAAGGAGGGAUUGGAAUAUGAAUGGCACUCUUUGUUGGGACCUGUCUUUAGAGUGUCGCCUUUGGGUAUGUCAUCUCAUACGUAUUUUGGUGAAGACCCAAAGUCAAUGUCUACGCCACAAUUGAAUACCGCAUUUGAGCUUGCUCAAGGUGAGCUCAAGACCGUUCUCAAUCACUUGUUUGUCAUUGUAGAUAAAUUGAUUAGAGGCUCGGCCAAGACCAGGGAAGAUACGUUGCGGUGGUUUGCUGAAUUGAUCAAUUUAAGCCACUUGCGCAGAGGUAGCCAUGCCGACUUUACAAAAUUAGCCAGUGAUGGAAUCAUGUUCAACAUUACCAUGGUAUUGAUUAAGUUGAGUCAACCAUUUUUGGAUUUCCCUCUUUAUACCAAAAUUGACAAAAUUGACGUUGAUUACUUUGCCAAAAGUAACUUGUUGGAUAUCCUGGAGGAGUCUAGAGUCAACUCUCUGAUUGAAGAUGCUUCACAAUAUGUUGAAAAAAAAAGGCAAGCUUGGGCAGAUGCGAAUGCAGAUGCAGAUGCAGGUGAAGGUGGAAGUAGAGGUGGAGGUGGAGGUGUUGUCUCCACUCCAAACUUUAUAUCUGAUUGCUUUAAUUUGACAUUGGCAUAUGUCCAUUAUGGUAUGGGUGGUAUUUACAUUAAAUAUGAUAGGAUUCAGCUGCAAAUUAAACAAUACAAUGAACGUUUAUCCAUGUUGGAGCUGGGCCAGCUGUUACCAGGAAUGAAUCCAAUGCAAGCUAAUGCAUUACGAGCGGGUUUACCAAGAAUGAAGAAAGCAUUGGGUGUUCUCGUUGCCGAGAAGUAUGCUAUUCGUGCAGUGUUUAGUUUAAGGGAUUUACAAUUGGAUAUUUUUGACUUUGUCGUUGGUGCAACAACUUUCAUCACCAGAAUGAUUGAUCCAAAUCAUGCUUACCCACAACAAAAGAUUACUAUUCCUAUUUACAAAAUUACGAGUGUUUCUCAAUUGGAUGAUCAUGACUUUUUAAAAACAAAGACACCGGAGCCAUGGAAGUACUAUCCAGAGUUUUUGCUUGAAGGUUUGAUCAACUACUGCAAAUUUUGUGUAAACUUUAAUGGGUGUCCAUUGGUCCGAAAUGAAGAAAAGCUCCUCACGUUUGUUCAAUUCACCACCAUCUUGCUUAGAUGCCCUGAAUUGAUUGGAAAUCCACAUAUGAAGGCAAAUUUAGUUGAAAUUUUGUUUAUUGGAACCUUACCCGGAGCAAAUGGCCAAGAAGGAAUGAUUGCGCCUAUUUAUCGUGGAGACCGUCUUGUUAUGAAGCAUUUGUUAUAUGCAUUGUUGGACUUUUAUGUCAUGGUGGAAAAAACUGGUGCUUCGUCGCAAUUUUAUGAUAAGUUCAAUAGUAGAUACUACAUUUCGGUGAUUAUCGAAGAGUUGUGGAAAACAUCUGAAUACAGAUCACAGUUGUUGGAUUAUUCGCAGAACAAUGUUGAUUUCUUCAUCCGAUUCAUUGCUAGAAUGUUGAACGACACGACUUAUUUGUUAGAUGAAUCAUUCAGCUUGUUGAACUCGAUACAUGAUUACCAAGUGGAGUUAAAGAGACGUUUGCGCGGGGAGCCAGAAAAUGAGGAGCUUGGAAGCACCGAUGAAUUAAAUGAAAAUUUGAAUACUGCAGAGAAGCGAGCUACAUCAUUAAUGGGAUUGUCUAAUAAGACGAUGGAGUUAUUUAAGCUUUUCACAAAAGAAGUACCAAAUGGAUUUGUGUUGCCCGAAAUUGUUGAUCGAUUGGCUGGAAUGUUGGAUUAUAACUUGUCAAUUUUGGUUGGGCCCAAGUGUUCCAAUCUCAAGGUUGAGUCACCAGAAAAAUACCACUUUGAGCCUAAAAAGCUUCUUAGUGACCUAUGUGAGGUUUACGUUAACCUUGCGUUGCAAAAAGGUUUUGUUAUUGCCGUCUCACGAGAUGGAAGGUCUUUUGAUAUUUCUUACUUUCAAAAAGCGGAAAAGAUUUUGACAACCAGGACUUUUAUAAACAACAAAAUUAUAGAUCAACUAAGGCUCUUUGCUCAAAAAGCAGAAGAAAACCGUCAAUCUGAGCAGACUGAAGAGUUGGAAUUGGGUGAAGUUCCAGAUGAGUUUUUGGAUCCUUUAAUGUUCACGUUAAUGGAAGACCCGGUCAUUUUACCAUCAUCUAAAGUUAGCAUUGAUCGCUCAACAAUCAAGGCGCAUUUAUUGAGUGAUGCCACUGAUCCAUUCAACAGAAUGCCGCUCAAACUUGAGGAUGUUACUGAAGAUGUAGAGCUUAAGGCCAAAAUUGCAGAUUUCAAGAGACAAAAGAAAGAAGAAAGAUUGAAUGGAGAGGUUGCUAAAUAA